ACCCCCAUUGAUUGCAGGUGCCCCUCCCCGGCCCAUGUCCCAGUCUCCCCGGAACUUCUCUCUCCGCAGCGGUCACAUGACAAGACCAAAGCCCCAGGGGUUGGGACGCCCCUCCCAACCCCCAGCCAGCGUGCACAUCGCCCCCUUCCCCUGCAUUUCUUCAGAGAGACCCCAGGCCGGUCUGUCCCAGAUGUGGUCCACGCAGACACUGGCUGAAUGCAGACAGGGUUGAGCUCCCCUCUUCUGUAGACAUGACCCCUGUUUUCCACCCACCCUGCCCCUGCUGAUUACUCCUGAGCUGCCAGACCCCGUCUCCCCUAAGAGCCUAGAGCCCCGGGUUGGGGUCACUGUGGUGUGAGUCCACCCUCAGGAAGGGAGAAGCCACCGGCCCUCCUGUGGUGGAACCUCAGACCUGGAACCUGGUCUGGUCUUUGAAAGCCAUUUGGGGAUAUUUUAAAAGAUACCCCUUAACCACCUUUGCUGUGCAAGCCUUUACCCACCCAGGUCUUUUCACCAAUUCUCUUAAAGAAAUGUUGCUGUCCAGUUGAUAACGACCCUAUAGGACAUGGUAGAACUGCCCCAUAGGGUUUCCAAGGAGUGGCUGGUGGAUUCGAGCUGCUCGCCUUGUGGUUAGCAGUCUGAGCUCUUAACCACUGCACCACCAGGGCUCCAAUUCUCGUCAACAAACGUUUUAAAGCUUUGAAUCGGCCGGUACUGCACUAGACCUUGCCUCUGAGCUUGGCCCCUAAGGAAGGCAGACAGGUAAGUGGGGAGCAGAAGUAUGUCCAAGAGCUGAGGUAGCAGAGAGCUGUUCCUGCCACGACUGCUGCAGGACGGGCUGCCUGAGCUCACCUGGGCGUGUGCACAGAGAAAUAGGUGGCCUCUGCGUUCCCACGUCUGGAUGGAGCCCAGGAACCUGUGUUUUACCAGAGUCUAGGAAAGCGCUCAAGUUUGGGAGGCUCUGCCUUAGGUGUCAGGCUCACUGGGAUCAAAGGCCUGUGGGUGCCUAGAGGGGCGGGAGCUCUGGAGGCAACGUCCAGGUUGCCCUCCGUGUGUGUAUUCACCUUCUUGUACCCUGCCUUUUUAUUGGUUUGGCCCCUAACCAGCUCCCUGUUCCCUCAAAAUAAUCCUUUCUCAAAAUGUGACCACAGACCUGUCUAAGUGUCUGUGAAGAAUGCAGCUGCGGGCGUAGACCCCACCCAGCAAAGCAGAGUCUUGGGGUGCUGAGUCAAGAAAUCCAUAUUCUUAAAGGUCCUUCUGUGCAUAGGGUUUUUUUUGCAUGUUAAUGUUGGAAGGCUGGGCUUGUGCUGGGUGGGGGGUAAGACCACCUACUUCAGCCUUUUGUUCCUCUUGGGCAGCCAAUUGGCCGUAGUCACGCCCUGCCUCUAGGCCAGGCUGUUGAUGCUAAAAGAACACUUCUGGCCCUUGAGCUGCCCUUUUGUGGAGCCUUUGGCACUGGUGUCCCACCUGGGGCAGGGGCACCAGCCACUUCUCAGCCCUGUGCUGUGACCUGGGCGUCCUUGGAUGCAUCUGCAGCAGGCUUCCCAGCAGAAGAGAGCUUCGUGCCCGUUGGCUUUGCCCAGUGGGUGUUCCUGGGUAAACUUUCUCCCCUUGGAUGAAGCCUUUGGGACUUUGUCCUUUUUGAUGGGUUCCAUUUCGCCUGAAGCUUCAAGCUAGAAGGUACAGUGUGUGAACACACCAGGUGAAUGGUAGUGCCGGCUUAGGGGGUUGAAUGGCCAGUGACAUUUGCAGGAAAGGCUUAGUGGCUCUCCUUUUUAACAGCGGUUUCCCUCAUUUCUGGAUAACCUGGUGUGGUUUCAUGAGAGGUAUCCAGUAACGGAGGAGCUCUGGUGGUGCAGUGGUUAGGGGCUUGGCUGCUAACCGAAAGUUAAGUGGUUCAAACCCACCAGCCACCCCCUAGGGUAAAGACGUGGCAGCUUGCUUCCUUAAAGGUUACAGCCUUGGAAACGCUACGGGGCAGCUCGGCUCUGUCCUCUGGGGUUGCUGUGAGUUGGAAUCGACUCGUCUGCAACAGGUUUGAUUUUGGUUUUAUCCAGUAAUGGAAUGUGCUGCUGUGACAGGAGACUGAUGGCUUACUGCACAGGUUUGGGGUGUUUCCCACUGUCGAGCGGACCCUGGCUGAGCUGCAGUCUCUUCCCUCCUCUGCAGUGAGUCUGGCUGCGGGGUCAGUGCCCAGCUUAGGCUCCUUGCAGCUCGCAGGGCAGGCCCUGGGUCACGCUUCAGCUGUGUGCUGAGUUUCCUCACCUGUUGGCGAUCUGGAAGCAGCCUCGCGCCCGCAGCCUGUGCGGUGAGCCCGCGAGCCCACCCUGAGGUGCGGGAGCCCUGGGUGUGCUCACGCCUGCGUCCCCACUCAGGGUUCCCCCCGAUAGGCUUUGGUAAGCAGACGCCUCUUUCCAGCCUGACUCUUCUGCUCAGAGCUGUGCACCCCGUCCCCCUGCCUGGUGGGCUGCGGAGCCAUGGCAACGGAGGAGAAGAAGCCGGAGACCGAAGCUGCCAGGGCACAGCCGACCCCUUCGUCGUCGGCCACUCAGAGCAAGCCUACACCUGUCAAACCAAACUACGCUCUGAAGUUCACCUUGGCUGGCCACACAAAAGCCGUGUCCUCCGUGAAGUUCAGUCCCAAUGGAGAAUGGCUGGCCAGUUCCUCUGCUGAUAAACUCAUUAAAAUCUGGGGUGCUUAUGAUGGAAAAUUUGAGAAAACCAUAUCUGGUCACAAACUGGGUAUAUCAGAUGUGGCCUGGUCGUCAGACUCCAACCUGCUCGUCUCUGCCUCAGACGACAAGACCUUAAAGAUCUGGGACGUGAGCUCGGGGAAGUGUCUGAAAACCCUGAAGGGACACAGUAAUUACGUCUUUUGCUGCAACUUCAACCCCCAGUCCAACCUCAUCGUCUCCGGAUCUUUUGAUGAAAGUGUGAGGAUAUGGGAUGUGAAGACAGGGAAGUGCCUCAAGACGUUGCCUGCUCACUCGGACCCAGUUUCAGCCGUUCACUUCAACCGAGAUGGAUCCUUGAUAGUUUCAAGUAGCUAUGAUGGCCUCUGUCGGAUCUGGGACACAGCCUCAGGCCAGUGCUUGAAGACGCUGAUAGAUGAUGACAACCCCCCGGUGUCCUUUGUGAAAUUCUCUCCGAAUGGCAAGUACAUCCUGGCUGCUACGCUGGACAACACGCUGAAACUCUGGGACUACAGCAAGGGGAAGUGCCUGAAGACAUACACCGGUCACAAGAAUGAGAAAUACUGCAUAUUUGCGAACUUUUCAGUUACUGGUGGCAAGUGGAUCGUGUCCGGUUCUGAAGAUAACCUGGUUUACAUCUGGAAUCUCCAGACGAAAGAGAUUGUACAGAAGUUACAAGGCCACACAGAUGUUGUGAUCUCAACGGCGUGUCACCCAACAGAGAACAUCAUCGCAUCAGCUGCGUUAGAAAACGACAAAACGAUUAAACUGUGGAAGAGUGACUGUUAAGCCCUUUUGAU